AUGGCACGUAUGGUUGAGGAAGAGGUUGAGUACGCUACGUCUCGGUUUAUAAACGCGGAUGAGCUCAACCGAAGAUGGGGUUCUUAUCUCAUGACUCAAGACAUCUUCCUUGGACCAAUCGAGUUACCACUCGACUUGGUAAUUCCCGCAUUGAAGCGACUGCCAAACCUCAAUACCAUUUGUUUGACGUGGACACAUUGUCCAUGGGAAGAUCACUUCGACAUAUCUGACGUCUUUGACCGAGAAAAGUCUCUGGAAAUGGCAAGCAAUGAGAUAUACGAUACACAGGAUGCUGUCCUGGAGGCGCUGCUCCAGCGCAAUACGCCUAUGAAGAGCUUGACUAUCGAGCCAUUCUUGCAUACGGAGCUGACUAUACCAUCUGGUCUGAAGGCCAAUGUCUCGACGGUUUUAGGGUCUGUGACUCAGCUACACUUGGAAGUCCAGUAUGAAAUCGGUUUAUUUGAACCAAAACGUCUUGACGACUGGAUAUCACUCAUGCCCAACAUACGAGACCUUCGUGUGCAUUCUUGCCCGGUGAAUAACCCGGCUCCAGAUAUCGACUUUUUCAUCACCAAGAGGCUCAAAAAUCUCGAGAAGCUCGACCUGUCCUGCCUCCAAUUCAACUUUGUCAACUUCUCCCGCUUGAUCACGAACCACGCCUCAACACUCAAAGAGGUCAGGCUAGAAUCUCUAUGGGGCUGGUGUGACCCCUUCAGCGCAGAAGAAAUCGACUGGGAUAUGAUGUUCCAGCUGAUGAAUAAGAAGUUGGAGGUCCUGGAAAAUGUGCGGAUCAAUGGCACUUUUAGUGACAACGUGGGCUGGCACCAACUAUUCUUUCACGGAGACCUGAUUUGGGCAGAGGCACUGGCCAGGAUAAUGGGAGAGAUUAGUGAGCCUCUUGAGACGUUUAUCUUGAAGGGAGGAGAGUAUCCCCGUCCACGAUGGAUCAUUUGA